AUGACCUUUUGCGACGCUUAUGCUCGAUGGCCGGAGACGCUAUUGGUAAGACCGCAGCCAGUGCAACCUAUCGGCAGCUCGCCAGGUCGAACAGCGGCCGUACUGACCCAGCAAUCCAACCAGCUGUCUAGCACCAAUGACAACGCACUGGUAACGUCAACGGGUCGGAAGUACCCGCGGCAGGCGAACAGCAUCGCACCCCGUUAUGAUCACACUCACAUCGAAACCAUCGAUGUAACGUGUGACCAGAAGAAUGGAAUGUUCGUGACGAUCGAAUUCGAACAAGACUUCCAGGGGGUCAUCUAUAGCCAGGGAUACUAUAACGAUCCGAGUUGUCGAUAUGUUUCGGCAGGCAAGGGUGGACGGUCAUUUUCGUUCACUGUGCCAUUUAGCGGCUGCGGCAGCAAACCGUCCUGCUCCGUUUGCUCGUCGGUAGACAAUGUCCUAGUGAUACAAACCGAUGAAGAUGUUCAGGAAGCAUGGGAUACGGCGCGUCGUAUCUCCUGCAGUCAGAUCGAGCAGCAGCAGAAUACCAUUUUCUUCAAACCGUUUGUGGUUGACAUGCUGGAGGUGGUUAAUGUUCCAACUGCAACGGGUGGUGUUGAGUGUUGGAUGGAUAUUCAGCGUGGUUCUUAUCCGAAUGUGUCACCUAUACCGAGCAUUAUCAAAAUAGGUGAAGCUCUUAGCGUGUUAGUGUAUUUAAGGGAUCCCAAAGGAAGCUACGAUGUCACCGUCAAGGAUUGCUAUGCUUAUGAUAGCCCGGAUUAUGAUGCAAGUGGUACAAGAAGACUGCAGCUUUCGGAUAAGAAUGGAUGCUCCCGAAAAAAAAAGUUGUUUGGGCUGUGGGAGAAAACAACACAAACCGGAAACACAGGAGCGACUUUGAUUUUGCACAACAACAUAAAAGCAUUUAAGUUCCCAGAUAAAAUGCAGGUCUUCUUAAAGUGCGACAUUGAAAUAUGCCGGGGAGGUUGUGGGCCACCAGUAUGUAACAUUGAAGAGUUGGCUAAAGCUAUUGAUACAACUACUACUACUACGCGUAGACCAGCACCGCUCACUACGGUUGCACCUCGCAGAGGAACUCGGCCACCACAGACUGUUCCCACAUCAUUCCCCACACGUGGCCGACGACCGGUUUCCACCAUUCAGCCUACCGCUUUCGAAACAGAACAAACCUACACGACACGAGCUCCGCAACAACGCACACGUCCAACACGUCCAGCUACAACUGUUGCCCCGUAUCGGCCUUCUACAACAACUGCACAGUAUCGGCCUUCCACAACAACUGCUGCACGUCGAAGGAGUCGCCCAACCGUUUCAACUACCACUGAGUUUGUUUGUACUCCUGGGUCCACUGAUGAUCGGUGCAAUAUUAUUGUGGUACCCGACGAGCCGGAUUGCUCCCGAAGAUCUCGAGAUCCUCGGUGUCGACAACGGCCAACGCCUGCUCCAGUCACCACUCCUGCUCCUCUACGCUGCUUCCCAGGCUCAAGAGAUCCUCGAUGCCCUACUGUAGCAGCGGAAACUACUCCAGCACCACCUCGUUGUUUCCCUGGCUCAAGCGAUCCACGCUGCCCACAAGUACCAGUAACAACGCCAGCUCCGCUACGCUGCUUCCCAGGCUCAACAGAUCCUCGAUGCCCUACUGCAGCGCCGGAAACUACUCCAGCACCACCUCGUUGUUUCCCGGGUUCAAGCGAUCCACGCUGCCCACAAGUACCAGAGACAACGGCAGCUCCACUACGUUGCUUCCCCGGUUCAACCGAUCCCAGAUGUCCUACUACAUCCCGACCAACAAGUAGACCAACGGGACGCGGAACUCGUCCCACCGGCAGAGGAACCAGGCCCCCACGGCCAACCACGGAAGCACCUAAAUAUCUUCCACCGGUUGAGAAUCAAAGAACAACAUCACCAAGCUGUUAUCCUGGAUCAAGCGAUCCUCGGUGUCCUCAACCAACUUCUACAACUCAAAGAACAGUUGUUGAAAUUACAACUACGCCUCCGUGUUUCCCAGGGUCAAAUGAUCCGAGAUGUCGAACUCCAGUUCUUCGUUGCUCUCCGGGUUCUACCGAUCCACGUUGUCCCGGAUCUUCUAGACCACCAACUAGAGCUCCCGUGCCAUCCACAUCGGCCGCACCUCGAUGUUAUCCUGGAUCUCCCGAUCCACGAUGUCCUGCCCCAACAACUCCUGCACCGCCUAAAUGCUUCCCGGGUAGCACAGAUCCCCGAUGCCCACAAACCACCACACAACGUCCAGUUCCGUCUACUACUGCUGCUCCUCGGUGCUUCCCAGGAUCAACAGAUCCUCGUUGUCCUACCACGCCUAGACCUACUACGCCUGCAUUACGAUGCUAUCCAGGAUCACCCGACCCAAGAUGUCCCCAAGCUACGACAGCACCACCAACUUAUCUUCCACCUACCACUACUCCUCGCCCAGCGCCAACAACAACGGCUGCUCCUCAAUGUUAUCCAGGAUCUCCCGAUCCACGUUGUCCAUCGCUACCGCCAACGACAGCUGCUCCAAACUGUUACCCAGGAUCUCCCGAUCCACGUUGCCCAUCUCUGCCACCAACAACUGCUGCUCCACGAUGCUAUCCAGGCUCAACUGAUCCAAGAUGCCCUCAAACAACACCUCGUCCUACUUCGGCGCCGGCACCUCGUUGUUUUCCAGGAAGUACUGAUCCAAGAUGCCCUCAGAGCACUACCUCCAGGCCCACACAACCGACAACGUCUGCCCCCAGGUGUUACCCAGGUUCGACAGAUCCUCGUUGUCCACAAACAUCGCCUGCUCCAACAACUCCUGCACCACCUAGAUGCUUCCCGGGUAGCACAGACCGUCGAUGUCCACAAACCACCACACAACGUCCAGUUCCGUCUACUACUGCUGCUCCUCGGUGCUUCCCAGGAUCAACAGAUCCCCGUUGUCCUACAACGGCUAGGCCGACUACACCUGCAUUACGAUGUUAUCCAGGAUCAACCGACCCAAGAUGUCCCCAAGCUACGACGGCACCACCUACUUAUCUUCCACCUACUACUACGCCUCGCCCAGCACCAACAACAACGGCUGCUCCUCAAUGUUAUCCAGGAUCUCCCGACCCGCGUUGUCCAUCGCUGCCACCAACGACAGCUGCUCCACGAUGCUAUCCAGGAUCAACAGAUGAAGCACUGAUCCAAGAUGUCCUCAAACUCCGAGACCCACUCAACCAACAACAUCUGCUCCUAGGUGCUUCCCAGGUUCGACGGAUCCUCGGUGUCCCGCGCCGCCAACGACAGCUGCUCCACGAUGCUUUCCUGGCUCAACAGACCCUCGAUGCCCUCAGCCUACUACUCCUCGAUGUUUCCCAGGCAGUAGAGAUCCCAGUUGUCCACAACCACCUACAACGCGACCGCCCCCACCUACAACCGCUGCCCCAAGAUGUUAUCCGGGAUCAACUGAUUCGAGGUGCCCAACGACGCCGCGACCAACCCCACCUACGAUACCAGCUCUCCGUUGUUAUCCAGGUUCAUCUGAUCUUAGAUGUCCACAGACAACAGGUGCUCCAACAUAUCUACCACCAACCACACAACCGACAGCACCGCCAGCACCUAGAUGUGUACCAGCUAGGUUCAACCGAUCCUCGAUGCCCGGCGAUACCAACGACCACUGCAGGACCCCGAUGCUAUCCGGGUUCUACUGACCCUCGUUGUCCGCAGACUACUACACGUCCAACGGCUCCUCCUCAGCCGCGUUGUUAUCCGGGAAGUACAGAUCCUAGGUGCCCACAAACUACCACUCCUCGGCCAGUGCCAACAACCACAGCGGGUCCGAAUUGUUAUCCAGGAUCAACUGAUCCUAGGUGCCCCACAACUCCACGACCUUCACCAACAACAACGGCGGGACCAAGAUGUUAUCCAGGUUCGACUGAUCCAAGAUGCCCCACAACACCACGACCUGCACCAACAACUACGGCGGGACCAAGAUGUUAUCCAGGAUCGACUGAUCCAAGGUGUCCCACAACUCCACGACCUGCACCAACAACAACGGCGGGACCAAGAUGUUAUCCAGGAUCGACUGAUCCAAGGUGUCCCACAACUCCACGACCUGCACCAACAACAACGGCGGGACCAAGAUGUUAUCCAGGAUCGACUGAUCCAAGGUGUCCCACAACUCCACGACCGGCACCAACAACCACAUCGGCACCCAAAUGCUAUCCAGGAUCGACUGAUCCAAGGUGUCCCACAACUCCACGACCUGCACCAACAACAACGGCGGGACCAAGAUGUUAUCCAGGAUCGACUGAUCCAAGGUGUCCCACAACUCCACGACCUGCACCAACAACCACAUCGGCACCCAAAUGCUAUCCAGGAUCAUCGGAUCCACGUUGUCCUACAUCGCCAAGACCUGUUCCAACCACUACACCUGCGUUGCGUUGCUACCCUGGUUCCCCCGAUCCUCGGUGUCCAACCACGCCUCGGCCGGCUCCAACUACAACCGCAGCUCCAAAAUGCUAUCCUGGAUCAACCGAUCCGCGUUGUCCAACUACUCCGCGACCAACACCUCCGCCCACUCCGGCCCUUCGGUGUUUCCCAGGUUCAACAGAUGCUCGCUGUCCAACCACACCAAGGCCCACGCCAACUACGACUUCCGCGCCAAAAUGCUAUCCUGGAUCGACAGAUCCUCGCUGCCCAACCACACCACGGCCAGUUCAAACUACCCCUGCUCUGCGGUGCUAUCCUGGAUCAACAGAUGCCCGAUGUCCGACCACUCCACGACCAUCCACUCAGCCCCCAACAUAUCUUCCACCCGAACCACAAACCAAAGCUGUUCCAAAGUGCUAUCCAGGCUCUACUGAUCCUAGCUGUUUUGUGCAAACCACUGCAAAACCAAAUUGCUAUCCAGGCAGCACUGAUCCCAGAUGUCCUCGGCCUGUAACCACUACACCUCGACCAAUUCCAAGCACAACUGCUGCACCAAAAUGCUAUCCAGGCUCAUCUGAUCCGAGAUGCCCAACAACUCCAAGACCUGCACCGACGACACCUGCUGCUCCAAACUGCUACCCUGGUUCACAGGAUCCGCGAUGCCCACGUCCAGUAUCUACUACCCCAGCUUUACGGUGUUUCCCAGGUUCUACGGAUCCCAGAUGCCCAACUACACCUCGACCAGUACCAACGACACCGGCCGCUCCGAAGUGCUACCCAGGUUCCAACGAUCCGCGUUGUCCAACUACACCUCGACCAGUACCAACGACAACGGCCGCUCCGAACUGCUACCCAGGUUCCAAUGAUCCGCGUUGUCCACGACCGGUUUCAACCACACCAGCACUGCGUUGUUAUCCAGGAUCAACAGAUCCACGGUGUCCAACGACUCCUCGUCCAGUAAUUACAACACCUCGUCCGGCACCUACAACUACUCCUGCACCUCGCUGCUAUCCAGGAUCUACCGAUCCACGAUGCCCAGCUCCUCCAACGACUCCUGCACUAAAAUGUUAUCCAGGAUCGACUGAUCCACGUUGUCCAACCACUCCUCGCCCAACGACGACUACUCGUAAAGCUUGCUAUCCAGGUUCUCCGGAUCCAUCCUGUCCAAGAGCAUUCUACACAACCACACCGUCAUCCUGUUAUCCAGGUUCACUCGAUCCGAACUGCCCGCAACCGUACAGACCUAGUAGCACCAACCCACCAGCUACCUAUUUACCACCGCUACCAGCUGGACUACGGCUGGUUCGACAUUUGAGCGAGGAUACUCUGAGUGAAAUCAACGCUCUAGCUGAACAAGCGGAACCGGUACCGGUAGAGGAAAUUUCUAUCGAGGAAGACCAAAAUGCAGUACUUGAACGUAGAAAGCGCGACCUAUCGGAAAGUACCAAGGAAAUCAUCUCGAUUACACUCAGCGUCAAAGGGUUCCAGUUCGCGCCGCUGAACUGA